GAGCGGAGUUCGCAAGGGCUCUUCCAGGAGCGCGCUCCAGCAUGAGAUUAGGGACGUAGCCCAACAGCUGCGUCUUCUUUUGAGCGAGACAAACGAGAAGGAGCGCCUUCGUGAUGUGUUCUCGUGCCUCUCGCUGUAACUGACCGCGUACUUCCCCGGCUUUCGCAGUGGACACUCGCUGUGUUUCGAUUUGUUUAAAAAGUUGGAGAGCGCGCGGGCUGCUCCCACGAGUCAGACCCGCUUUAUCGCAGGAUGGCAUCCGCGCGACAAGGCUACAUUGCUCCGUGGUGGACCUACUGGCUUCACAAUUUCCCUCACCUUAAUUUUAAUUUCCAGCCGGUGGACAGUAGCUUCAAACCAGGGCAAGUGGACUACCAGCAGUCCCUGAUCUUCUUGGCCUGUGUUGCAGCAGUGGGCCUAGGCCUGAGUCUGUUGGUGCUGGCCGUUUACUUGAGUUGCCUGUGCUUCUGCCGCAGGGAAGAGGCGGAAGAGACCAAACGACCCGACGGCUGCUGCAUCACAUGGGCUGCUGUGAUCACGGGCCUGGUCAUAUGUUCUGCAGUGGGAGUUGGUUUCUAUGGAAACAGCGAGACCAAUGAUGGGGUCUACCAACUGACCUAUUCACUUUACAAUGCCAAUCACACUCUGGGUGGUAUUGAUAGCCUGGUAGCUGGUUCUUUGACCAGCAUGCAGACACGGCUAAAGGAGCACCUGGCUCGGCUAGAUGAAAUCUUCUCACCUCGGGGAGACUAUUUGCAGACUUUGCGCUUCAUGCAGCAGAUGGCUGACAACAUUGUUCGCCAGCUCACCGCCAUGCCAAAUAUCAGCAAGGCCAGACAGGACCUGGCAGACAUUGCUGACCAGGCCAGCUACAUUGAAUACUACAGAUGGCUGACAUAUCUGCUACUGCUGAUUCUAGACCUGGUUAUCUGCCUGGUGGCUUGUUUGGGUCUGGCAAAGCAGUCUCGCUGGCUGCUUACACUCAUUAUGGCAUUAGGUGUGCUGACUAUGAUACUGAGCUGGGCAUCGCUGGGAGUCGGGACGGCCACUGCAGUGGGCACCAGUGACUUUUGUGUGUCCCCAGACAAGUUCAUUGUGAAUCAAACUAAGGAAUUCCUAAGUGGAGAUGUCAUACACUACUACCUUUACUGCAGCCAGACCCUUCCCAAUCCCUUUCAGCAGUCUCUGACCAUCUUCCAGAGGUCACUGACGACCAUGCAGAUUCAGGUGCAAGGCCUGCUGCAGUUCUCCCUCUCCGUCUUCCCCACUGCUGAGAGGGAUCUAUUGGGCAUUCAGCGCCUCUUGAACUCCACUGAGUUCAACUUACACCAGCUCACUGCCUUGCUGGACUGUCGCAGCCUGCACAAGGACUACCUAGACGCCCUGGUGGGUGUGUGUUAUGACGGGGUGGAGGGCCUGCUCUAUUUGUGCCUCUUCUCCCUGCUGGCAGCUAGUGCCUUCUGCGGCAUGCUGUGUGCCAUUCCACGAGCGUUUAUCCUCAUAGCCAGCAGGGACAGGGACUAUGACGAUAUAGACGAGGAGGACCCCUUUAAUCCUCAGGCGCGGCGUAUGGCUUCCUACAACCCAAGUCGAGCCAAUGUGCACAGCUUCUGCAGCUACAGCAGCAGCCUGGGCAGCCAGAGCAGCCUGCAGCCGCCACCACCACAGACCACCUCCACUGCACCAACAGCGGAGUACAUGAAUCAGUCGAUGCUGUUUGGAGGAAAUCCUCGAUAUGAAAAUGUGCCGUUGAUUGGGAGGGGUUCUCCGCCACCGUCGACAUUUAGAAACAUAUUCACCCAGCAUGAGGACCACCUACCUAUCUAUGACUGAUGCCCAGAUCAGACACUUUGGAAGGGACUUCAAUGUGUAAAGCGCUGGUCUCUUCUCCCUUGACGGAGCUUCAGUCACCGCAGGACACUCUCUUUGUUGAUAUUUGAACCAGGACUGUUCUCUAUAUGUAUGCGACUUCUUCCUCUGUCUUGGUUGAGGAAUUCAAGACUUGCAGCUGCUGUGAAGAUUUUGCACUGAAAUCAUUUCUCAGAGGCGGCACUCGCUCCAGACUGAAACCACACAGCCUCUUCGUCCCGAAAGCUGAGGUCUACCAGGUUAAUUGUACAUCAGCUACCAUGUAAAGCCACGUUUUUUGCAUUCCCUCAGAAUUUGAUCAGUGCAUAGAAGGCAUUGACAGAAAAUAGAAAAGGAUCUUGCCAUUGAGUUUACCACACAAAAGCCUUCAGCUCCACGGUGAGCCUUUCAAUCAUCCUUCCUGUGGUUUUGUAGUGGAGAAUGAACAGACCUCUGACACCAACUUUGAAAAAGAAAAACCUGCACAAAUGUCCUCCUUAAGGCACGUUGGCUGUGCGUUGCAUUAUACAGAACUGUGCCACUGCUGGAGCUUCCAACCAAUGAAUAUUUACCUCAUCCAUGUUUGCAUCCUGGUUAUCCGACUUAGUUUAUUCUAGCACUGACAGUUGUGUCCAAGGCCCGAACUGUUUGUUAAUCACAUAUUGAAGUAGCUGCAUUCAUGGUGCCAAUUUGAGUAUGUGAAGAACAAUUUUAUUCCUUUUAAUCUCAGGCCUGAGAGAACUUCCCUGUAUGUUGCCCCAUGUAAGAUAAAGGCUGACGCAAUAGUAUUUUACAACCUCAAACAUGUAAGUGUACGUGUGGUGGUGUAGUGCGUGAGGCAAGGAGUGUAUGUGUGUCUGUAUGUUAGCUUGUUGCUUUUUAAGGGUCUGAAAUCUUUUGAAUUGAAGACGUCAUGUCAUUUUAGACAAAAAAGACCCAGUGAAUGACAAACUGUAAAACGAGUGAAAUUGUGCUUAAACUGUCAAGAAUAUAUAGCCAGAUUCCUAGCACUGUUCCUUCUUUAUGUCUUUAUAAAAAUGCAUUACAAAAUUCUUUAAAGUGCUGUUUUUUUUAUUGUUUAUGUUUUGGAGCAAUUUGGCAUAUGUAAAACUUUAUUAAAUAAAUAAUUGGUUUCUUUUAUUGUU